CACAAAUACCACCAAUAACCACACAAAUAUCAACACCUACUUCAGAAAUACAAACACCUGGUCCCAAAGACACACAAAGCAAACAAAUACCACAAGCUUUACCAAGGACCAGAAAAAAGAAACAAAAAAGUUCAUCAGAACAAAAACCCACCAAAAUUUCUCUGCAACAUCCUGGAGAAGGGAUAACAAAUAAAGAAAUGACGGAUCACCUAGAACACACUUCGGUUCAAAUAAAGGGUCUAGAAAUAAAAACAACAACAAAAGAAACUGGAAAAACAAAACAAGAAAAAGAGAUAAAUGAAGAAUAUGAGCAGGAUCAGAUGCAAAUAUCAGAUCUACAAGAAAACUUUGGAAUUUACACCAAUAAGGGAAAGCAGCCAGAAAGUGAAAUCACAUUACACAAAGUGGAAACUGACAUACACAAGAAAACAGUAAAAAUAGAAGGACUUGAAAUUGAUAUGGAGGUCCCAAAAGCACCAGUUCAAAUUGAUCCUGUGACAGAAGACUCAGGCUGGACAAUGCAAACGCCAUCACUCAAAAUACCCAAACUGCCUAAAGCAGACAUUCAAGCACCAAAGGUGGACAUCACCCUCCCAUCAGUAGACGUUUCUCUACCGAAGGCCGAGGUGGACAUUAAGGGCCCAGGAGCAACCACUAAAGUGGUAAAGAUAGAAGGUGAAAUAAAAGCCACACAUAAAGAUGCUAAAGGAAAAGAAAGUAAGUUCAAAAUGCCAAAAUUCAGUAUGCCUUCAUUUGGCUGGUUUUCAGGCCCUGAGAGCAGCGUGGACCUUCCUGAGUGUGGAGGAGAUUCAAGGGCCAAAAGUGUUAAUUUACCAAAAUUUUGGAUUCCUGAUUUGAGUUUUUCCAAAGUUGAUAUCAGUACCCCUAAAGUUUACCAGGAUGCAAACUUACUGAAAGAUGACGUCACUCUUACUAAGUAUCACAUGAGUAUUCAAGAACCCAAAGUGAUAUCUGGGUCUGCUGUUAGUGAUGUAAGCAUUCCAGAGACAGAUAUUAAAGUUGCAAUGACAGAAAGUUCCACUGAGCUGAAGAGUCCAGAAAUAGUUGCUAAAAUACCAUCAGCUGACAUUGCUAUAGAUAGAGGAGAAAUGAAGCUUGAAGGUUUCGAAGGGAAGACUAAAAUGCCUAAAUUCCAAAAAAUGAAGUUUGGAAUUUCACUGCCUAAGGGAGAAAUUCCAGAGAGUGAGGUCAGCUUACCCCAAAUGGAAGCUGACAUUCCCAAGCCAAAAGCGAUAGCUGAAGUUACUGAGAUUGCUUUUGAAACUUCAUCUUUAGAUAUUAAAUCUGAAGACUCUGAUGCAGGAACAGACGUGUCAGGCUUAAAAAUGCAACUGCCAUCACUCAAAAUGCCUCAAAUACCUAAAGCUGACGGAGCACCAAAGGUGGACAUCAGCCUCCCAUCAGUUGAUGUUACCAUGCCAACAACAAAGGUAGACAUUCGAGGCCCAGAUUUAGAAAGUAAAGUGGUAAAGACUGAGAGUGAAAUAAAAUCUGGAGAAAAAGACAUUGAAGGGAAAGAAAGCAAGUUCAAAAUGCCAAAAUUCAAACUCCCAUCAUUUAGUUGGUCACCAAAGAAAGAAGCAGUUGUUACAUGUGAUACUGAAGCAACCCUUGAGGAGCCUACUUUGGCCUCUUCUUUAGGAGAAACAGAAGCUGAACUAACAUUAACUGUAGCUGAGGUUCAGUGCCCAAGUGUGGAUCUCGAAAGUGAUAUGCCUAUAGGAAAAGAUGGUGAGAAGGGCAAAACUAAAAAGCCUCAGUUCAGCAUGCCAAAGAUAUCACUUCCUAAAAUGAAGGGUCACAAAGCACAGGUCUCUCUGCCAAAAUUGGAAAGUGAUGUUAGUGGUCCUAAACCAGAAAAUGAAGGAGAUGUUUCAGUGAAGAGAUCAGAGAAAGGAAGCAGUGGAGAUGGAGAAGGAAUAGCCAUAAAAAUGCCAAAGGUUAAGAUCUCUACUUCAGAAUUUUCAAAACCAGAAAUCAAAGCUCCCAAAAUGGAUAUGGACGUUAGCUUACCUACGGUUGAUGUCAUACUUCCUACAUAUGAUGGGACUAUUCAACAAGCUGACUUGAAAUUGAGGUCUGCUGGUGCUGAUGUCAGCCUGUCAGCCCCAGCUAUUAAGAUUCCAACAUCAGAAGGGUCCAUAGAGUUGCAAAGUCCAGAAACAGGAGUUGAAGGAAUAUCAGCUGGAAUUGCUGUGGAUGGAGCAGAGAUGAAAGUUGAAGGUCUUGAAGGGAAGAUUAAAAUGCCCAAAUUCCAAAAGCCAAAGUUUGGAAUUUCACGUCCUAAAGGGAAAGUGCCAGAGAGCGAGAUCAGCUUACCCAAAAUGGAAGCUGAUGUUCCCCAGCUAAAAGCGAUGACAGAUAUUGUUGACAUUGCUGUGGAAGCACCAACAGUAGAAGUUGAAUCUGCCAUCCCUAAUGCAGAAAGAGAGUCUUCAGGCUGGAAAAUCAAAAUGCCCAAAAUACCUGAAGCUGAUAUUAAGACACCCAAAGUUGACAUUAACCUCCAAUCCAACGUUUCUGUUCCAGUGACAGAGAUUGGCAUUCAAGAUUCAAAUACGGCAUCUAAAGCAACAAUGUUUGAGGGAGAAAUAAAACCUGGAGAUACAGAUAUGGAAGGGAAAGAAGGACAUUUCAAGUUGCCAAAAUUCAAAUUGCCAUCAUUUAGUUGGUCACCAAAAAAAGAAGCAAGCAUUAAAGCUGAUUUUGAAGCACCUCUGGAAGAGCCUAAAAUUACUGUGUCAUCAGGCAAAACAGACACAAAACUAGCAGAAACUGUAAAUGAGGAACAGGGUCCAAGCAUGGAUCUUGAUAUUGAAAUAUCUACAGGAAAAGAAGAACAAAAAAGCCAAAUUAAAAAGCCUCAAUUUACCAUGCCUAAAAUUUCAUUCUCCAAAAUUAAGGUUCCUAAAUCUCAGGUGAAUCUGCCAAAAGUGGAAGCUGAUGUUACUGUUCCUAAACCAGAAAGAGAUGGAGAAGACUUAGUGCAGAUACCUGAUAUAGAAAGCAGUCAUACCAAAAGCAUAGAAGAGGGAGCACAAAUAAGCAUAAAAAUGCCAAAAGUUCAGAUUCCUACUCUGGAAUUUUCCAAACCAGAAAUCAAAGUUCCCAAAUCAGACAUGGACAUUAGCCUACCUAAGGUUGAUGCCACCUUUCCUACAUAUGAUGUGAGUCUUCAACAAGCUGACCUCAAAUUAGGGUCUGCUGGUGAUGAUGUCAGCUUGUCCCCGGGUAUUAAAUUUCCCACAGCAGAAGCUUCCAUUGAGCUGAAGGGUCCAGAAACAGGAAUUGAAGGACCAUUGACGGUGGAUGGAGCAGAAGUGAAAGUUGAAGGUCUUGAAGGGAAGAUGAAAAUGCCUAAAUUCCAAAAGCCAAAGUUUGGAAUUUCACUUCCAAAAGGAAAAAGACCAGAAAGUGAGAUCAGCUUACCCAAAAUGGAAGCUGGAGUUCCCCAGCUUACAAUGACAACAGAUAUUGCUGACAUUGCUGUGGAAGCUCCAAUACUAGAAAUUAAAUCUGAUGUCUCUGAUGCAGAAAUAGAGGUUUCAGCUGGGAAAAUGAAAAUGCCUCAAGUUUCUAUCACUGACAUUAAAGCUCCAAAGAUGGAUGUUAGUCUCCCAUCAGUUUCUGUUUCAACCACAGAGGUGGCCAUUCAAAGCCCUGAGGUGGAGGAUAUGAAAAUGCAAGGAGAACAUGAAACGAAGUCUGGAGAAAUUCAGACUGAAGAACAUCAGGGCUGGUUUAAAAUGCCAAAAUUCAGAAUGCCAACAUUUGGUCGGUCAUCUUCUAAGGAAAAAAGAGGUGACAUUGAUAGUGAAGGGAGCCUGGAAAAGCCUCAAGUAAGUGCUCCUUCUGCUGAAAUGCAAACUGAAAUAGAAGCUCCUGAAUAUGCAACAUCAUUGCCACAUGUGGACACUGAAUCUGCUGCUGGAAAGGAUGUUUUGGAAGGUAAAAUCAAAUCUGCUAAAGCAGAGAUUCCAAAAGUGGGAGUUUCUCUCCACAAAGGUAAAAGUUCUGAUGUUACCUCAUCAAAGUUUGAAGCAGAAGUUUCACUACCUCCAGAAAAAGCAGUUAUUAAAGUGAGCAUUCCUGAAACAGAAACUUAUGCUGAUGUAGUUAAACGCGGUGCUGAAGGACAACAAUUGAAAACACAUACUCCAAAAGUCAUGAUACCUAAGGCAGAACUCUCUACAUCAGAAAUUAGUGCUUCAAAAACUGGGGUGGACAUCAGCUUACCAAAAGCUGACAUUACACUCCCUAAAUGUGACCUGACCCUUCAAGAACAAAAAGCCAAAUUAGAGUGUGCAGAGAUUCCAACAGCAGAACAUUCCAUUGAGCUGAAAAGUCCAGAAAUAGGAGCCAAAGCACCAUCUGUUGAAAUUGCUUUGGAUGGAACACAGAAGAAAUUAGAUGCCCUCCCAAAAGUAGAGCUGGACAUUCUACACGCAGGUGCAGGAGUUAAAACUGAAAAGCUAGGGAGUGUAAUAAAAUCUACAGGAAAGGAUGUUCAAGGAAGAGAAAGUAAAUUAAAAAUGCCAAAAUUCAGUGUACCCUCAUUUGGAUGGCCUGCCACAAAGGGAACAGGAGAUGUUGCUGAUGUUAAAACCAACCUUGAAGAGACCAAGAUAGGUGCUCCGGGAAUUAAAAUGGAUACUGAAAUAAGUGUUGUAGACCAUGAAAUAGAGUUUCCAGCUGAAAGUGUUGAAAAGGAUAUUUCUGCAGGAGUCAGAGUGAAAGUGGAAGAUGGAGAUGAAGCAAGCAAAAUGAAAACAUCUAAAUUUAAGAUGCCAAAGUUUGGAGUGUUACAUUCAAAAGCAAAGGGUUCUGAAGUUGAUGUCUUUCUCCCAAAGUUAGAGGCUGAUGUUUCACUGCCUAAAACUGAACUAGGCAUAGUAGAAAUCCAGUUUAAAAAAGCAGAUGGCUCCAUUGACCUGCAAAGUCCAAGUUUAGACCUUAUGGAAUCAUCAACCAGGAUUUCAAAGGACAAGCCAGACAAACAAAGUGAAAGUGUAGAGGUAAAUAUUAAAAUUCCCAAGUUAAAAAUACCAGCGUUCACUUACAAUGCACCCACAGUUGAAACUGACGUUUCAACAUCAAAAGUGGCAACAGACUUGAAAGGUGCUGGUACUGACAUUGAAACACCAAAACUGGAAGUAAGCACUAGGAUCCCUAAAGAAAGACCAGAGUUUGCAGGUGGUAAUAUCCAAACACCAUCAGUCAAAAUUCCAACAUUGGCUGAACGUGACAUUAAAACCCCACAGGUAUACGUUAAGGUCCCAGACUCUUCGGUUUCAAAAGCAGCACUACAGAUUCAGGGACUAGUUGCAGAGAGUAAAGAAAUAAAAACACAAGGUGAAGCUGAAUCUGGACAUGUUGAUAUCGAAACGCAUGAGACUUAUUCCUCUCAGAUAGUGAAAGAAUCUGAGAUUCCUUCAUCAGAAAUUAAAACUGCUAGUUUUGGAUUUUCACUUCUCAAAGUGAAGAUACCUGAGUCACAUGUUAAACUAGACAUGCCAGUCAAACUGCAGUCUUAUACAGAAUAUAAACAUGAGGUGUCUGAGAGUGAAGUUCACCAACCUAAACUUUCUGAUGAAAAUUUAGGGGUAGCAAUACAAAAGACUGGCACUGCUGAGUUUAAAUUAUCUGGCAAACCACAAAGUGAAACUGAUGAAUCUAAUGAUGUCGUAUCUUCCAGUGUUAGUUUGCCAAAAUUGAAAACAUUUACAGUUGAAGUACAGCCUUCCAGUAAACUUGGAGACACUCAAUCUGAUAAGCAACCAGAGGAAAUAGCUGUAUCUCCUCUUUCUAAAGAUGAUGAAAUAGCUAAAAUACCAGAAGAUGAAGAAAAAGAUAUGAAGGAUCAAAAAGAAAAAACUGACAGUAAAAGAUCUUCUGGCAGAUUCAAAUUUUGGCUUCCAAGUAUUGGGUUUUCUUCCUCUGUUGAUGACACAGGCUCAGAUUCGAAACCUGAAGUCCAAAAAUCAAUUCCAGAAGAAACCCAACCUGUUGACUCUUCUGUGUCAGAUACUGACUCUUCUCAACAGACUGAAAAAACUGGAUGGUUUAGAUUUCCCAAAUUAGGCUUCUCAUCCCCAUCAAAAAAGGCUAAGAACGUUGACAAAGAAGAAGAGACAAAUCUAAAAGAAAUGAAAACUUCAGAUGAUGAAAGUCCAUCAGAGAAACCUGAAACAUUUUUUGAUGCAGAAGAAAGCUUAUCACCUAAAGAAGAAACAAUUACGGGUGAAGAAAAUGAAACUACAGGGACCUCAUCUAAUGUCCAAGUUUCUGGUGCUAUAGUUACAUCAUCAGCAAGAACUGAAUUAAUUUUGUUGGAGAGGGAAAGAGCUAGUCAGCAAAGUAUUCUUGAAAAGACCACCAAAUGAGGUUUUUUUCUGAUCUAAAUGUAUAUGGAAAAUCUGAAGGUAGAACAAACUAAGAGAAAAACAUAUGCAGAAAAAUGCUGUCUUUCCAAAGAGUUUUCCAGAAGAAAUGAAAGUGGAACAGAACUUAAAACUGAUAUUUAUGAAAACAGUCUAUGGAUCAUUCUUCACUACACUGGCAUUUGCAAGCACGUGAACAUACUGUAGGUCCUAAUGAAACACUUGUUUCAUGAGAUGUACCCAAGAAGAAACACACAACUACUGAUGAAAAGGAGGCAUUCAUACUUUUAACAAAGUCUGAUAAAAUUCUCCUAACCAUGCAAAAUAAAGUGUUGAAUGGAGCAAAGAUAGUGAAAAGAUUUUAUUAAAUAUAAUUCUCUAAAACAUGCCAAUUGUGUUUAGUUAUAGAUUAUUUGCAGAAAGGAGUAUAAAGCUAGUGCUAUGAGGACUAGAAAUAUACAUAACUGUUUAGAUUUUAUUUUAUUAAAUAUAUUUCUGCCUUGAUGUUGCUUUCUUAUGAAAAAUAUAUUUUCUUUAUCUUAGAUAGAGCAAUAUUUGUAUUCCAUGAUCAUUUUAAAAUGUAGAACAAACAGAAAUAAUACUGUAGAUAUGACAAUCCUUCCCCCCCCCCCCCAGUUAGUAGGGUGGAUAAUAUUUAGCCUUAAAAAAAAAUAAAAACUUCAGCAAAUGUUCCAGAUUCCUGAAAAAUAUAUACUGCUGAUUCACAUAUUCAAAAUACAAAAAUAAAAUAUGGCAACUGAGAAGAAGAAUAAAAAAAAAUUGGGGUAAGAAAGUUCAUUAUGUAAAUAUUUAUCAGAAUAGUUAAUGCAUAGAAUGGGGCAUAUGUGAGAGGAAUCACUGGAAAGGUUUUCCAGAGAAAUAAGAUGUAAAUAGUUAUUUACCUUUUGUUUAUAUCAAUGCUUCUCUUAAGUACACGACCAAAAUGGUAGUACCAUAUAUGUUAGCCAUCACUGUACAUGUAUUACUAGAAUGUUGAAUGUAUUCUCAAUUCACAGUACAGUCACUGUAUUGAUAAUAAAUGCAGUAACAUUA